CAAAGAAGCAAGCUUGCCCUCUGCCUUAAGGAACGAAAGGAGAACAGAAGGACGUUCAUCUUUUGUCAAAAGACAUUGUUCCAUUAUUUCACAAUAUAAUUUCCCUCUCUGCUUGGCCGCAGUCUCCUCCUCCCCUAAGCAACGCAGAGGAUGCGAAUGCCCCAGACAACAUCACCCAGGCUCCAUCACUGCUCCUACCACUACGUGACAUUCGGGAGCUGCAAGCACGGGAUGAACUGCAUAUCCCACCACCCUCCGAAGCUUUCUGAACCAGAACGGCGUGCCCCUGCCGGCGACCAGCAGGAACAGGUGCCGGAGUACCCGCAGCGACACGGGGAGCCCGACUGCUCCCACUACGUCAAGUUCGGCAGCUGCAAGUACGGGAUGAACUGCAUAUUCAACCACCCUCCGAACCCCUCCGUAGCUUUACGGCAAGCCCACGAGAAGCAGGAGCCGGAGCCGGAGUACCCACGGCGCCCUGGGGAGCCCGACUGCUCCCACUACGUCAAGUUCGGCAGCUGCAAGCACGGGAUGAGCUGCAUAUUCAACCACCCUCCGAACCCCUUUGGAUGGCAACGGCAGUGGCACGCCCUUGCCAGCGACAAGCCGGAGCAGGAGACGGAGUACCCGCAGCGCCCCGGGGAGCCCGACUGCUCCUACUACGUCAAGUUCGGGAGCUGCAAGCAUGGGAUGAACUGCAGGUUCAACCAUCCUCUCCGCAAGCCGGUGAUGCAUUUUCCUGGGAGAGCAUGCAACUGCAACCACCACGAAGUUGAGAAAGUGAAACUGAACUCUCUUGGGCUUCCACUUCGUCGAGGGACAGGACUGUGUUCAUACUACAUGCGUACUGGAAUCUGCAAAUUCGGCACUAACUGCAAGUUUGACCACCCAGAUCCUGAACUAGAACAUGAGAAUUGGGAUGCUAUUCAAGGAUCCUCUCAGCAGAACUUGUACUCUUUGCUUGACCGUGAAGAAUUGCAUGAGCAACCUGUUCCCUUCAUGCUUCGAGACUCGCCUGUUGAGCGAGUCCGUUACACUAGGAACCAACUUCUUCAGCUGCGCGAGGCUUCACAAAUUGUUGAUGUACCUAAAGACAUCUUGGAACUCAAGAAAGACAUUGAUGUAGAACUUCUUGAUGAAGAUCAUAGUCGGGCUCACAAUGACUGGAAUGUACAAACUCAGUCAUAUAAUCGCUAUGAUCCAGCAGACAGCCGUGAAUGGUGUUCACGUUCUCCACAAACUCAGUCAUACAAACGCUAUGAUAUAGCAGACAGCCGUGAAUGGCGUUUACGUUCUGCACAAACUCCUGUGGCUGUUAGUGAAGAGAAAUCUUGGAACAACAUCCCUGAAGCGGAAGAAUCCAAUGAUUCAAGCGGGAAGCAAGAACAACUUUACAAGCAUGGUCAAUUGUGCUUCCAGCUUGAAUCUAAAGCUCAGGCCAUGAUGGAUUGCGAGAAGUGUCGCUUUACACCACUAGAGAAUGUCCAUGUGCCAAAUAUAAUGUUUGAGGAUAUGCUGGAUUCAAGUUCAACAGCGCCUGAAGCUAAUUUGGCAAUCAAUACUACUAUUGGAAGCAAGCAAGAUUCCCGUGAUGCAAGCAUUAUUGGCACAAAUGAUAAGGAUGUUCUUAAGAAAUCUGAAGAGGCAAUGUUAAGAAAAUCUUCUAAUCAAGAACCAAAUUCAACGAAGCCUGAGAAAAAUUACAUGCAUGAAGAAUUCAAUCAUCCAGUUGACUUUGGUGAUAAUGUGAGCCCAAGCAAUUCUUCGGCAUUAUUGAGGAUUAAUCAAGUCGGAUGCAGUAUUUCCGAGAUUAUGGAGUUAGUUAUUGAAGCUGGAGCUGUGGAGGGCAGUGAUGAACAUUUUAUUGCUACCCAAUUAUUUAUUACACCAGAAUAUAGGGAAAUGUUUCUGACUCAUACUACUACUCAAGGAAGACUUGGGUGGCUUAAAAAGAUGUGCCAAUUGAAGAAAUAACUAUAGGGUCUUCGUUCAAGUGUGCCUACUUCUACCCUAAAAGAUGUUGAUGAGACCAUUUAAAAGUGAUGUAUUCAUUAAUGCUACUUAAUUUUAUUUGCUUGGUAAUUUAUGAUGUAGCUUAUCAACCCACAUUUAUGUUUGAUUUUGUUUGAUAUAUUGAGAUCUUAUCCUU